AUGAGUGGGAUUUGGGAGCGCAUUGUACCACGACGAAAACGCCAAGAAUUCUUCACUAUGCCUCUAUUCCAAUGGAUUUUUGAGAACUUAGGUGAGUCCUCGGAAACGGGAGUUGGACCUUGGUCCACGUUGUUUGCUGUUUUUGUGUGGUGGGCUUGGAAAUGGAGAUGUGGUAACUUGUUUGGAGACAAUAAGCUCUGGAGUGAUAGGGUUAAGUUUGUGAAGGAUUAUGCAAAAGAAGUGCAACAGUUGAACAUGGAUGGCACAUCACGCAGGAACCCAUGCUUGGCUACGGCUGGUGGGGCACUGAGAGAUAGCAACGGCCAGUGGUGCGGUGGUUUUGCCUUAAAUAUUGGGAGAUGUACAGCUCCGAUGGCAGAAUAUGGAGGUUGUAUUAUGGGUUGUGUAUUGCCGGGGAGAAAGGGACCACAAGACUUGAAGGAGGCCAAUCGUCUAGCAGAUGGACUGGCGAACUAUGCAUUUUCACUACAGCUAGGAUUGCACACUUUUGAUUCAGUCCCUCCGGACUUGUUUUCUGUUUUACGUGAUGACGAGUGUGGAGACUCGAUUCCGCGGCAUGUCCGUGUGUAA